AGCUGGACAACAGAGGAGGUUUGCCACAAAUCCUCCAACUAACCCGCUAAGUUUGUUGCUAACCGUGUUAGCUCGUUGUAGCAUUGAUUUCUAGUGACUGCAAUACAGCAUCCCUAUUUGCCAGCAUGUAAAAAUCAGUGUUGAAUUUCAAGAAAUGAAGGUGGUAACGUGUGAGAUUGCAUGGCACAACAAGGAGCCAGUAUACAGCCUGGACUUCCAGCACAGCUCUGAUGGACGCAUUAAUCGAUUGGCCACAGCUGGAGUAGACACCACAGUCAGACUGUGGCGGGUGGACACAGGCCCAGAUGGGAAGGCAGUGGUGGAUUUUCUGUCUAAUCUGGCAAGACACACCAAGGCUGUCAAUGUAGUGCGCUUCAGCCCUAAUGGAGAGCUGCUUGCCUCAGGAGGAGAUGAUGCAUUAAUUCUGCUGUGGAAACUCAAUGACUCUAAGGAGCCUGAGCAGGCACCUGUGUUUCAGGAGGAUGAAGAUGCUCAGCUCAACAAGGAGAGCUGGUCUGUGGUCAAGACACUAAGGGGACACAUAGAGGAUGUGUAUGACAUCUGCUGGACACGAGAUGGAAACUUGAUGGUGUCUGGCUCUGUUGACAACACUGCUAUUAUGUGGGACAUCAGCAAAGGACAGAAGCUGUGUAUCUUGAAUGACCAUAAGAGCUAUGUGCAGGGUGUGACCUGGGAUCCUCUGGGGCAAUAUGUUGCCACUCUCAGCUGUGACAGAGUAAUGCGUGUGUACAGCACUCACACCAAGAAGAAGGCUUUCUGUAUCAGUAAAAUGAGCUCUGGGCCACUUGCAGAGGGAGAGGUCAAGCAGUACAGAAUGUUCCAUGAUGACAGUAUGAGGUCGUUCUUUCGACGCCUUUCAUUCACCCCUGAUGGGUCUUUCCUGCUCGCCCCAGCUGGAUGUGUGGAGAUUGGAGAGAACAUCAUAAACACCACCUACAUCUUUUCCAGAAAGAGCCUUAAGAGGCCUAUCGCCCAUUUGCCAUGCCCAACUAAAGCUACACUGGCUGUGCGCUGCUGCCCUGUCUACUUUGAACUGAGAACCAAGAAGGGAGAAGAUGGUUGUGUCCAGGCUCUUCCUAACGUAUUCCAGUUGCCGUACCGUAUGGUGUUUGCAGUGGCAUCAGAGGACUCCAUCUUCUUGUACGACACUCAACAGACUCUUCCUUUCGGCCUGGUGUCCAACAUCCACUAUCACACACUCAGUGACUGCACAUGGUCUCGCGAUGGUUCCUUCUUGGCGGUGUCCUCCACAGAUGGCUACUGCUCAUUCCUGUCCUUCUCCCCUGGGGAGCUGGGUACUCCACUGAAGGAGCCCCCCACAUUGGAGGUCUUUGUCCCAAACAGUGGUGUUGAGAAAAAGGGAAAGAAGUCAUCAGUGGGCAAGACGUCGUCUCCUGUGUCUCAGCCAUCAAGCUCAGCCCCAACUCCCACGUCCCAAACCAGCCAUGGCAAAGAUGCCCCGUCUGUCACUCCUCCGGAGGAGAAGAAGAGCACCCCCAGUGCCAAGCCUAAAACUCAGCCCCGCAGGAUCACCCUCAACACCCUGGAGGGUUGGGGGAAGCCCACUACCCCUAAAACUACAGCUCCUCCAGCGCCUCAGACCCCAACACCUGGAAGCACAAGCGCUCCGUCAACUCCCCAACCACACAUCACCCCCCUCACCCCCACCAGCUCCUCCAAAACCCAGAUACGCAUCACCCCCCUCACUCCUUCCACCCCAAAAGUCCUCAACAGUGCUAAUACUCCUGGGCCCACCACUCCUAAGGGUACAACCACCCCAAAGGGGCCCACCCCAAGGAGAGUAUCUUUGACUCCCGUUGCAUCCAGAUCCCCAGCUGUUAGUUCACUCUUCAGCACUCCCUCCUCCACUGAGAAGGCCAAACAUGAACGUCCUUCUCCUCCCACUGAUCCAGUGUGCCAGCCUCCAGAGUCCAAACGGCCCAAAACCAGCGACCCCCCUGCAAAGACCAGUGUCACCCAGGUGUUGUAGUAGUGUUUAGUAGUGUUUAUUGGGAACCCUGUGGUGCUAUAUCAGAAAAGCGUACAUACAGCAGAGAGUGAGAGUUAAUGAAGCUUCAGGAGAAAAUCGCUGAGGCUCCCCAUGGAUCUAAUCCCAUAGUGCAAUAGCAUUGUGUUUGGGUUUGAUAUGUCUAUACGUGACCUCACACAAUGUACUUGGUUAUAAAACAAAAAACUGGGUAUCCUUGAGUUAUUUUAGGCAUGUGUGUUCUGUAUCAUACAAUAAACAGAUAAUGAGGUAACUGUAUUAUAUUUGGUUUGUUUGACAUUUAGAUGCCUAAAUGCUGUUGUAAAACAGAUGUCUUGCUUCCUUUCAAGAACAUGGUUGUGAAAUUGAAACAGUGCUCCAACCUAAAGAAGGAAAAAAACAUGCACUUCAAGGUUUAGUGCUUUGUGUAUAGUCCUGAGUCUUAAUUUGCAAAAGACUGUGGAUCAGCAGCUUCUGUGAAAAGUGCGUUUUCUUAUUGUCUAAUAAAGGAUGUUUCAUACAGAGAA